AUGCCUUGGGUGACUGACAGUAGUAGUCUAGUCUCCACGCAUCAGAGGGGAGACAAUUUGAAGCUCGGAAAUGGCGGUCGCGAGGAUUCGAGUUUCGGCGAUGCGAUGAAAAGGGUGCACUGCUCUGGCCCUGAUGGAGCGAAACAUCAGAUAGAUACGGACAUGCUUCAGGAAUGGACUCUCCUCGCGUUGAUAGCUUCGCUCGUGGAACGCACCGACGCCGUGUCGCAGCCGCCAACACGCUGGAGGUUGGCAUGGGCUCGGAACGCAGCUCUGCUGUUCGGACAAGUAUGUGCUGCGACGCCUAUAGUGCUCUAUGGGGCGGUUGUCACGGCGUCAACCGAGACAACGGAUGGUUGGCUUAAUGAGAGGAGUUGGAUGGUCGAUCGGCCAUGUGCGAACCUGGAGCAUGGUAUCUUCACAUCUGUAAGAUUAAGCUUAAGACGGCUCGAAAAUGCAUGCUUGCUUACAUCACUUUGCAGAUAA